AUGGCGGCGGCCGGCGCCAGGGCCACUCGGCUGCUCCUGCUCUUGCUGAUGGCGGCCGCAGCCCCCAGCCGCGCGCGGGGCAGCGGUUGCCGGUCCGGGGCCGCUGCGCGGGGGGCCGGGGUGGAAGGCCGAGACGAGGCCUGUGGCACCGUGGGGCUGCUGCUGGAGCACUCGUUUGAGAUCGGUGACCACGCCCACUUCCGGAAGCGCGGCUCCAUCCUCUGGAACCAGCAGGACGGCGCCUUGUCCCUGUCGCAGCGGCAGCUCAACGAGGAGCAGCGGGGCCGACUCCGGGACGUGGCGGCCCUCGGCGGCCUGUACCGGGUCCGGGUGCCGAGGCGGCCGGGCGCCCCCGAGGGCCCCGAAGCCGGCGGCUACGUCUCCUCCUUCGUCCCCGCGUGCUCCCUGGUGGAGUCGCACCUCUCGGACCAGCUGACGCUGCACGUGGACGUGGCCGGCAACGUGGUGGGGCUGUCGGCGGUGACGCAGCCCGGGGGCUGCCGCGGCCACGAGGUGGAGGACGUGGACCUGGAGCUGUUCAACACGUCCCUGCGGCUGCAGCCGCCCGUCCCCGCCCCGGGCCCUGAGACGGCAGCCUUCAUCGAGCGCCUGGAGAUGGAGCAGGCCCAGAAGGCCAAGAACCCGCAGGAGCACAAGUCCUUCUUCGCCAAAUACUGGAUGUACAUCAUUCCUGUCGUCCUGUUCCUCAUGAUGUCGGGAGCGCCGGACGCCGGGGGCCAGGGGGGCGGUGGGGGUGGGGGUGGCGGCGGGGGCAGUGGCCGGUGA